GACCUCUCGGUCGAAGUUGGACUUACCUAGUCGGACUAUUUGUCCCAGGUAAACAUACUCGUCAACAACUUCGAGCUUAGUGUUCCCAACAACUACCGGCAUAGGUGUGACAUGGACAUUAAAAAUGAUCUUUGUUUUGUCCAUGUUCAUCUUAAGACCUAUCCGUUGGGAAGCACUAUUGAGGUCAUUGAGCAUAGUGCUUAGGUCCUCCAGCGAUUCUGCCAUAAGAACUAUACCGUCGGCAAAUCGAAGAUGAGUGAUGUACUCGCCAUUGAUGUUGAUACCGUAUUCUUUCCAGUCCAGAAGCUUGAAAACGUCUUCCAAUGCAGCGGUGAAGAGUUUCGGGGAUAUGACGUCACCCUGUCUUACACCUCUCUGCAAUUGGUAUUUCGUAGUCUGGUUCUGUACUCUGAUAGCUAUCGUAGCCCUACUGUACAAGCAUUUCAGCACUUCGAUAUACCGACAGUCUACUUGGCACCGCUGAAGGGACUACAGCACCGCCCAAAUUUCGACGGAAUCAAAGGCUUUCUCAUAGUCCACAUACGCCAGACAUAGUGGCAAAUUGUACUCCUCUGACUUUUGUACAAUUUGCCGAAGGGUAUGUAUGUGGUCUAUGGUGCUAAAGCCUUUUCGGAAACCGGCUUGUUCGGGAAGCUGGAAGUCGAGACGAUUCGUAAUGACUCGAAAACAGCACGUAGACGCGGCUCAGAAGGCAAAUCGGUCAGUAGUUCUUCAAGAGAGCGUUAUCGCCUUUCUUGAAGAACAAGACCACCGCACUUCUGCUCCACGCCUCCGGUGUAAUGCCACCAUGGAGGACGGAAUUAAAGAGCUUCUGAAGGACUUCAAGUACCGGUUUUCCACCCGCUUUCAGAAGCUCCGCUGUAAUUCCAUCCUCGCCUGGGGCCUUGCCGUUUUUAAGGUGCUGGAGAGCCAUUCUAAUCUCGCUCAGACUGACGUCCGGGAUAGCUUCGGAAUAGUGUCGGAUAAGCCUCGCUCUUGGAUCGUUACACACUCUCGCGUGUGGCUCCAACGAUGACGUGUACAGCUGCCCAUAGAACCUCUCAAUCUCACUCAAAAUCUCAGGUGCCCCGGAAACGAUGCUGCCACAUUCUGUCUUCAGCUUUGACAGUUGGAUCUUUCUGCCAGACAGAUCUCUGGCAAAGACUUUGCAGCCUUGGUUCCACUCGAUCGCUUCUUCAAUAUGAGCUGUAUUGAAGUUGCGUAAGUCCCGUCGCAUGCAUUUGGAGAUCUGUCUGUUCAGUUGCCUGUAUGCUGUCAAAUCUGUUGAAGAAUGUAGCUUCAUCUCCCGUCUAACAGCCAUGAGAUUAAGAGUGUGAUCGGAGAGUUUUUGUGUUCUUCUGCGGCGGGUCGUGCAGAACUUAGCUCCGACCGCAUGGACAGUUUCCACGAGCUUGUCAUUCAUAUCGUCCACUUCAUUGCAGUCUUCUAGGCACUGAAAACUGUUUUGUAACUCGGGCUGAAAGGUUUCGGGACUUAGAGCACGAGGGGGACGGAGCGUUGACUUCAUUAGACGAGACCUCUCCAACUUAACGUUUAGGUUCAGUGUGCCUCUAACCAUUCGGUGAUCGCUGCCGAUUUUCAUCCUCUCGAUCACUGAGACAUCACUGAACAGUUCUCUCUUGUGCCUAGUUUUGCAUUGAAGUCUCCCAUUAACACCGUAUAUUGGGUUUUGGAGGAAUGCAUGGCUCUAGAGAUAUCCUCAUACAUUUCCUCCACCUCCUCAUCGGGGUGUGCCGAGGUUGGUGCGUAAACCUGUAUGACCUUCAGCGAAUACCGUUUGGUGAUUCUGAGUAUAAGGUACGCAACCCUCGUCGACACACUCUCAAUCUUUACAACGUUGUUAACGAGAGACUUGUGGACGAUAAAUCCGACACCUCCUUGGGACAGAUGGUCGCCCUCCCGGUAAUAGAGCAAGUUGUUUGUUUCAUUACCGUUUCCUCCUCCUCUCUUCGGACUUCGGAUAAUCCUAUAAUAUGCCAGCGUAACUUGUCAAUCUCUUCUUCCAGCUCCACAAUCUUCUCGUGAGUCCUCAGGGUGCGUGCGUUGUAUGUUACCAGGUCAAGUCGUCGUAGGUGGCAACCGAACCUCCACCGGAGAUUCUUAGCACCCCCUGCCCCGCCGUUACCAUGGUCGCCACCGUAGCCAGGAAUAGCGGGGCCGUCGGGGACUGGGGGCCGUCUCUUAGUAACUUUAUCCAUUUGGGGGGUAUUUGCCAUAGUUGCCACGCUUGGCGAGCGGGUUGGCAACUGCAGUUUUUUUAUUGUAUUUUUGCUGUUAUCAGGAAGAUGCUGCUGCCAAUCUCCUGCCUGUUUCCCUUUGUCGCCUUUUACGACACCCACGGGAAGAUAUGGGGUAGUGGAUAUUCUUAACCGCCACUACACAUUGUGCACGUACGAUCAUUAUAAAAAAUAAUAAUUAAUACUCUUGAAUAAUUUCAGAAUGCUAACGAACAAAGCAAUUGGCGAAAUUCAGACAAUAAGACGUCGUCUUCGCCGCAAAGGAGUACACGCCAACAAAACUGGCGCAAAGAGAGUAACCCAUCGUUUAGUGGUAUUAGGCCGCCGCAGGCGUUCCCUGAUUGGACCAACUUUAAGGGGCCCGCGCCGGUGGUGUUCCCGGGCGCCGCGCCCCCCGCGCCCGCGCCCGUCCCGCAGCGCGCGCCCGCGUUCCCGCCGCACCUGCCCAGCGUCACGCUCGCGCCCACUUGCCACAACCGAGCGAAUCUUCCAUUUAUGCCAAAUCAAGGCAAGCCGCAUGCAUCGAAUACCCAGCAGUAUGCCAACAUAGCACCAAAUGCGGAUAAAGUGCACAACCCGUUUGUCCCGCUACAAGUUCAAACCAGUCAGAGACGCGUACAAAAUCAUAGUGGCCCAUCACAUAGUAGAAAGGAUUUGGACGGACUGCCGGCACCAAAGUCAAUCAUACCACAACCCCAACCUUACACUGAACCAGUCCUCCAACAACCUCAGAACUCAAGAAGUAAGCCAC